UCUUGCUGUCUGUCUGUCUGUCUUUCUGUCCGCCCGCCCCACUCUCCUCUUCAAGGUUUACUGAGACCAUCAAAGCUUAUUAUCUUACCCCUCCCCCCCCCCCCCAACCAACCACCACCCCACCUCCGUCGUCGUCCACGGCGGCCGGAGGCUCUCUCCGGCAAGGAACAACCACAAUCAUGUCAAGUUUAUAUGGUCAAAACUUGAACUACUCACCUGCAAGAGCCCCUUCUUCACCACAUAUCUGGACCAACCCAGAUAUUGAAAGCUCAUACCUUGCAGAGCUUUUGGAAGAGAAGAAGAAGUUGGGUCCUUUUGUUCAAGUUCUUCCCAUUUGCAGUAGAUUGUUAAAUCAAGAGAUAUUACGGGCUUCGGGAAUGAUACCGAAUCAAGGGUUUAAUGACUAUGAUAGACUGCAACGUGGAAGCCCAGGUCCUCUAAAUCCUUUAGAUAUCAUGCCUGAUGUUGCUGCCAAAAGUUUAGGCCGUUGGAACGGAAAUGCUAGUUGGAGUCCUCUUCAACAUGAGCGGUUUGGUGGGCCACAAGGACUGCCACCGAUUGAUCACUGGAACGCAGCACCAGCAAGCCCGAGCUCGUUUAAUACAAAGAGGGUGUUACGUUUGGAUAUACCCGUUGACAGCUUUCCUAAUUUCAACUUUGUUGGGAGGCUUCUAGGUCCACGAGGCAAUUCCUUAAAGCGAGUCGAAGCUUCUACUGGAUGCCGUGUCUUCAUCAGAGGAAGGGGUUCCAUAAAAGACCCUGAUAAGGAGGAAAGCUUAAAGGGGAGACCGGGCUAUGAGCACCUUAACGAACCACUACACAUAUUAAUUGAAGCAGAAAUGUCUGCGAGUAUCAUCGAUGUGCGUUUGAGACAAGCACAAGAAAUCAUUGAAGAGCUCCUCAAACCCGUGGACGAGUCUGAAGAUCUUUACAAGAGACAACAAUUAAGAGAGUUGGCUAUGCUAAACAACAACUUUAGAGAGCAAAGUCCGCAACCUAGAGGCAGUGUGUCACCUUUCAAUUCUAGCGGAAUGAAGCGUGCCAAGACCGGUUUCUGAAGAACUCGAUUAUGCAUCUUCAUCAUCAACAACGUCAACAUCAUCAACGUCAUCUUCAUCAGCAUCAUCGUCAUCGUCAUCGUCAUCAACGACAUCAUCGUCUAUCUGCUCCUAUUAUGAACGUUAACCGAAACAUGAAACAAGGAUUGCUAAUAUCAGUUUGAUGUAGGUUAUUUUUUUUUCUUUUUAAAUAAAAAUAAAGAUAUGGGUUGCUAAGAACAGUUUGAAAGUAGAAACAAUUAUUGGAUUUAUUUGUUAUCAACCUUUAUUUGUGUUUAUUAGUGUGAAGUAUAUUUUAUAGUGCAAGUCAUUAUAUAUUUU